AUUAAUCCACUUAGCGUCCACUUAUGACGUCAUAAUUGAAGUUGGCGUGUACUUCAAGAUGAAGUCAGCAAAGUUCAUAGAUCACAUUUUCUUAGAAUAUUUUCUCCGUUAUGGGAAAUAUGUGUUCUUUUACCGGAUCAAGGCCCAGUAAUCGAAUACUGCCGACGAAUUCGACUGUGUUAGCUUUAGGACUUGGUAAUAAAGAUCUGGCAUUGUAUCGCAGACAUAGAAAAAAAGAUGAAGGCGAACUUGGGCUGGCAAAGAAAUCUGGCUCUUCAUCAAAAGCAGCCGUGACGAAACAGUCAAAUGACAGAGAGGGAAGAACGGACGACAAUCUGCAGGAUUAUACAAGCAAUUUAGAACCGGACAGAGAGAUGCAAGAAUGGCUCGAUUCUAUCAUCUUUCAAAACAACCUGUUACCAAGUUUCAUGACUUUUGAUAACAAACGACAUCUAUCGAUGCGUUCCAAAUAUACCGACGCCAGACAAACGAUGAAAUUGCGCAAUGCCAUCGAUGAAAGCCACGAAGAACAUCAAAACAACACUUUGCCAUCGUCUGGGAGGGUGAAAUCACUGAAGAAAAAUGCAAAACAGAAAAUAACCAAAAUUUUAAGUCAUGAAACAUUCAAUCUGGGUCUUGGACCCUCGCCCGUGAUGUCAACACGUAUAAGCAAGGAUGCAGUGAAAAGAAACAAAGGGAAAAAUAACCUGAAGGGUUUUCACGGCGGCAGAAAGACGCCUGCUCCUCCAAAGCCUAAGUCAGCAAGUUUAAACCCCUCAAUAGCUAGCACUCCAAACAGCUCCAAGUCGAAAGGUCGGUACCUUUAG